AUGCUUAGAUCAAUCAUAUCCAAGAGCAGUACCAUACAGACUGUGAGUCGUCCAAUUCAAUUUGUUCGUGGUAAACGUACCAAAAGAACUAGUUCAGUUUCACCAGCUACACAAAGAAUCAUUACACAAUUAUCCGUUUUCAGUGCGAGAAAGAAAGUUCCAAGAGUUUUGAAAUUAUGUGCUGAAGAUCUUGUGAGACAUGACACAAUUACUAAAGCCUGGGCUGUCUACCAAAAAGAUAAAAGAACAAAACUACAAGAUAACCUUGCUAAACAAUAUAAUGCUAUGAACAAUGCUAUGGAAGAUUUGAAACAAAGCAACAGAGAACUAUAUGAGCUGGCUAAUGCUAAACAAAUUGGUAAAAGAUUCCCAUUGGAUGCUAGAAUUCCAACACAAUAUCCACCAAAUAAGAUAUGGUAUUAUGAUUUUACUCCAAAAGAACCAAAACAAGAUAAGAAAUAA